CCGGGUGGUCCCUGGCGCCGACGCCAUGUACCCCGCGAGCCCUCCGACCGGCCCAGCCCUACACCCAGUCCCUCAUCGCGCUCGUCUUCCCCCGCCACGGUGCCUUGCUGAGCCGCCGCGAUCGCCGGCGCCCGGUCCGGGUUCCACGGCGCGCCCGCCGCCGCCCCCAGCGUCCGGGCCGCGGCCCCGGGUGGCCGUGAAGAUGACUUUCCGCAAGGCCUACUCAAUCAAAGACAAGCUGCAAGCCAUCGAGCGCGUCAAGGGCGGUGAGCGGCAGGCCAGCGUGUGCCGCGACUUCGGCGUGCCAGGCGGCACUCUGCGCGGCUGGCUCAAGGACGAGCCCAAGCUGCGCUGGUUUUUGGACCAGCUAGGUGGAGAAGUGGGCACGCAGCGCAAGAAGAUGCGUCUGGCCAACGAGGAGGAGAUCGACCGCGCCGUCUACUCAUGGUUCCUCACCUUGCGCCAGCACGGUGUGCCGCUGUCUGGGCCAGUUAUCCAAGCGCAGGCUGAGGCCUUUGCUCGCCAGAUCUACGGCCCCGAGUGUACCUUCAAGGCUAGCCACGGCUGGUUCUGGCGCUGGCAGAAGCGCCAUGGCAUCUCUAGCCAGCGCAUCUAUGGUGAGGCUGAGCCACCGGUCGCAGGCCCCGCGCCUGUCAAAGAGGAGCCCGCGCAGCCACCGGGCGCAGGUCUCCUACCUGACGGCGCGCCAGCCACUCUACCCGACUCCGAGGGCGGCUAUGAAGACGAGCAGAUCUACAAUGCUAACGUUACUGGUCUCUAUUGGAGGUUACUUCCGGAGCAGGCCUCAACUCCGGGCACUGGGGACUCCAGAGAGCCUGGUGGGUGCAGCCGACGCUGGCGCAGCGACCGAGUGACAGUACUGCUGGCCGCCAACCUGACGGGCAGCCACAAGCUGAAACCUCUAGUCAUCGGACAGCUACCGGACCCACCCAGCCUGCGUCACCACAACCAGGACAAGUUCCCGGCCUCCUACCGCUACAGUCCGGAUGCUUGGCUCAGUCGCCCGCUUCUUCGGGGCUGGUUCUUCGAGGAAUUCGUCCCUGGCGUCAAGCGCUACCUGCGCCGAAGCUGCCUGCAACAGAAAGCUGUGCUGUUGGUGGCCCAUCCACCCUGUCCGAGUUGGGCCACUAGCAUGCCUGCCCUGGAGGAGAGCGAGGAGACUCCCAGGCAGUGCCAACCUGAGCUCCUUGGGUCCCCAGAGGAACUUCAAACACCUGAUGGUGCAGUUCGAGUGCUCUUCUUAUCCAAGGGCACCAGCCGAGCACACAUCCCUGCACCGUUGGAGCACGGCGUAGUGGCGGCCUUCAAACAUUUGUACAAACGUGAACUCCUGAGGCUUGCUGUGUCUUGUGCCAGUGGCUCCCCUCUGGACUUCAUGAGAAGCUUCGUUCUCAAGGACAUGCUGUACCUGGCCGGCCUCUCUUGGGACUUGGUCCAGGCAGGAAGCAUAGAGCGCUGCUGGCUGCUGGGUCUGCGAGCAGCCUUUGAGCCUGGGCAGCAGCCAGCCCACCAGGUAGAGGAGGCUGCCGAACACAGCAGGGUGCUCAGUGACCUCACACAUCUGGCAGCUCUGGCUUACAAGCGCCUGGCACCUGAAGAGGUGGCCGAGUGGCUACACCUGGAUGAUGAUGGAGGCCUCCCCCAGGGCUGCAGAGAAGAGGUGGCCCCCGCGGCUCCUCCAUCCCCCGCUAGCCUGCCCUCUAGCGUAGGGGCUGGAGAGGAGGAGGUGGAGGCCACAGAACCAGGAGGAGUGUUAGUACCUACUGCUGGGGAAGCUGUCUGGGGACUAGAGACAGCUCUGAGGUGGCUGGAGAGCCAGGAUCCCAGAGAAGUGGGGCCGCUGAGGCUUGUGCAGCUACGAUCCCUCAUUACCAUGGCACGGAGGCUUGGGGGCAUUGGCCCCUCAGCUGCAGCUUCCGGUGAUGGUGUGUGACUACCUUGGCCCAGUGGCCUUUUUCCUGCCGCACUGGGAGAGAGGGGGCAUAUACAGUCUGCCAUCUUCCACCUUUUUUCCCCCGGUAGUCCACUGUACAGGUCCAGGGAUGCAAGCCCAGCCCAGCUUGGAGGAGUUCUAUAAGUAAAGGAUGGACUGCCCCAUGAUCCACAGGGUCCUGGGGAAGUGGCUAAAAGAAGCAAAUGUUCUUCCCCAGGUAGGCACAUGUGGGCACAUAAGCACAGCACCUACUGGAGAACAGUUGACUGUACUUCCAUUCUGGCCCCUAUGGGGCACACACACACACACACACACCUACCUGCCUCCGUGUGCACUGCCUGAGGCUGCUGCUGACUCAUCGACUCCCCUGGUGCUACCUGGUCUCAUCUCAGUGGGGAAGCAUUUGGUUCUUGGUUUUGUUUUAAAAACACAUUAAACCUGUUUGGAAAGAUGCUC